AUGUAUUCAUUUGAUCCAUACCGUGUGUACCCUAUUAAUAGAAAUGUAGGCUCAUAUACUUACUUGCGAAGACAAAAUAUCGAUAGUGAGACUACAAAAUCAACAUCAUCAAAAGUAUGUUAUAUUGCUAUCACGAUUCUUGGUGGAAUAGUUCUUAUUGGAUUAUUAAUAGCAGCAUUUGUUAUGCCAUUAAAAUAUGCUUUAGAUACAGAAUCAGCGACCACCACAACUAUUGCAACAACUACUGCCUAUUCGCUUCGAUGGAAUGUAACUGGUACAACUAUCGCUGGAAGCGCUGCAGGAUCUUCUGGUGUAACCGCAAGUCAAUUGAACAUGGCUUACAGUUUGGCGUUAGAUUCAUCAAAUGCGAUUUAUAUCACUGACUACAAGAAUAACAGAAUUCAAAAAUGGGUUUCAGAUGCUUUGAGUGGAACAACCGAAGCAGGUCAGGCCAAUGGUGUAUCAGGUUCAUCUUUGGCUGCUUUAUUCAUGCCGGCCAGUAUUGUACUUGAUUCAAACAAUAAUAUUUACUUUACAGAUAGCGGUAAUCAUCGAGUUAUGUAUUGGGCUGAUGGUGCAUUAUCUGGCUCGGUCAUUGCUGGAAUUACAGGUUCUGCUGGACAUGCAAACAAUCAGUUUUCUUUUCCUUCUGGACUUAUUCGUAAUGCAGCUUCGGGUACUUUGUACAUUGCCGACACAGGCAAUGAUCGUAUAAUGCAAUAUUUAUCUGGUGAAUCAACAGGAACUGUUGUUGCAGGAGGAAAUGGAAGAGGGACGAGCAAUACACAGUUGAAUGCACCUUACAGUUUCGUCUUUGAUUCAUUUACGAAUAGUUUUAUUAUAGUCAAUUAUGGUGCUCACAAUGUAGUUCGUUGGGUAUUAGGAGCUACCAGUUGGAUACUUCUUGCUGGUAGUGCGAGUGGAAUCAGUGGUAGCACAUCAACAUUACUUUGCAAUCCUUUGAGUGUUGUAUUAGAUCCUAUGAAUAAUAUGUACAUAUCUGAUACAGCUAAUCAUCGUAUUCAACUAUUUUUGUCCGGUGAUUCGAAUGGUACAACAAUCGUAGGUAUUACUGGUUCAUCUGGAAUAGGUUCUACUCGAUUGAAUAGACCUUACUGGGCAAUAUUGGAUAGUCAACUCAAUUUAUAUGUAGCAGACACAUUUAAUCAUCGAGUACAAAAAUUUGAACGAUACUAA